AUGGGGGACGAUCCUGGGAGGCUUUAUCGUUUGGAUGGAGUUGCUCAUAUCGUCGGGGUGAUCAACGACGAGUGGUUUAGUGAUAGUGGUAUUUGUUAUUGGUUUUUGAUAAUGGUUUAUGUUAUUCCUCGGCGUUGCAUAUCCAGCGUUAGGCGGCAGCAGGAGAUGCGUCUUGAUGAGAGGUAUGUUCCGUACUUGCAGAUGGCCAGCUUGUACCAUCUUGCGAGACUGAACGACAGAUGGUUUCGACUAGACGAGCCCCUAGUCAGUGCAUUCGUCGAGAGGUGGCGGCCUGAGACGCACACCUUCCACAUGCCGUUCGGAGAGUGCACCAUCACGCUUCAGGACGUCGCAUACCAGCUGGGGUUGCCAGUUGACAGACAUUACGAGACAUUUGGAGAGUGUCCCGACGGGGCGGACGAGGAAACAGUUAGGCGCUUUGCCCGUGCCUAUAUGAUGAUGUUACUGGGCACGCAGCUGUUUGCCGAUAAGUCCGGCAAUCGUAUACACAUCAGAUGGCUACCUUAUGUUGCUCGGCUUGAGGAGAUGGGUGGCUACAGUUGGGGGUCGGCGGCACUAGCGUGGUUGUACCGGUGCAUGUGCCGGGUCGCCAACAGACAUGUCGUGAAGUUAGCUGGGCCUUUACAGUUACUGCAGCCUUGGAUCUUCUGGAGGUUUCCUACUUUUAGGCCUGCUGGGUAUGAUGCGUUUAGCUGGCCCCUUGCCUCGAGAUGGUCUGGUUACAAUCCUGGGAUUAGCAACAAGGGACCCUGCAUACAGAUGGCUCGCCUGAAGAUCGACUUGUUACAGCCUCGGGAUUUCAUAUGGAUGCCCUAUAGCGCACUCAACGUCAUCCAGGUUGUCCAUCCGGAGGUCUUGGAGCCUCGGCAUACGAUGUUAUGGCGGUGUGUGACGUCCCUGAUUUAUUUUGCGGUGGUCGAGUGGCAUCAGGUUGAUAGAGUGUUACCGCAGUUUGGUGGCGUUCAGCCCCCACCGCGUCCCGCCCUGAACAUCGACUUCUUGAUGUCGAAGGACGGAAGAGGAGGUGACCGUUGGUUCCCGUCGCACUUACCUGACUGGCAUCUUCACUGGCAGGAGCGUGCGGAGCAUAUUUUACAGUUCGACAUCGUGUCCGAUCCCGGCCCCUCCCAUGAGUUCUUGGCAUGGUGGCAUCAGCAUGGAAAGAGGUUCCUUUCACCGGAGAUGCUCUUGGGGGAUUCGAGAGGUAUUCCUAUUCCGGAGGAGGCUACGCAGAGGGGUGCAGGCUGA